AUGGCAGCUCCCCACGACGCCGGAUCCUCGGAGAAUGCCCAGCGCACCACUUCGAUCGCGCUCCUGGCCUCCUCCAUACUCGCCCUCACGCUUACCGUCGAUCUCCUCCUCGAUCUCCUGAAUCUAGGCUGCGAGGAGCUAGAUCUGUGCGAGAUCUUGCUGCCGCAUUGCGAUGGAACCAGGCAUAGCGGAGGCCACCGCGCCACGCUCAUCGCCUGCCCUAAAUCCAUGAGGGCAAUCCAUCGAUCGAUCCAUCAUGGGCGCCCCGCGAUGAAUCGCCAGCAAUGGCUGGAUCGCAUCAAGGCCUCGAGCAGGAGCGCGCCGCGAUGCGGCGAGAUCUUGAGCCUGCUGAUCCAGGAGCAAGAGCAAGAGAAGCAAGAUUUGCCCGUGUGGAACAAGCUGAUCGAGACGCUUGGGCGAUUGGGGAGCAUCACGCAGGCGAGGCGCGCAUUCGAUGCCAUUGCCGCCAAGGAUGCCUUCUCGUGGGUGAUCAUGCUCUCGGUCUACUCGCGGAAUGGGCAAGUGGAAGAGGCCAGGAAGAUCUUCGACGCCAUGCCCGGCAAGAACACCGUGGCUCUCAAUGCGAUGCUGGCGGCGUAUGCCAGGAAUGGUCUCGUUGGGGACGCUAAGAAGUUCUUCGAUUCCUCCAUUUCUAAUGGGAACCUCAUCGCCUGGAACACUCUUCUCGCGGCAUAUGCCCAAAACGGGCAUCUGGAUCGAGCAAAGACGAUCUUUGAUUCCAUGCCCACGCAUGAUCUUUGCUCCGGCACUGCGAUGGUGGAUGCCUUUGGGGAGAUUGGCCUCCUGGGCAAUGCUAGAAGAGUGUUUGAUGGAAUGAAGUUUCGAGAUCUCGUGACUUGGAAUGCUAUGAUCUCUGCGCUUGCCCGGAAUGGGCAUUUCGAGGAGUGUCGAGAGCUGUUUGAUAAGCUUCCUUUGCAGAGCUUGGUAUCUUUCACUGCCAUGCUGGGAACUUUUGCGCAACAAGGUGAUUUGGAGCUUGCAAAGAUUCUUUUCGACGAAAUGCCCGAAUGGGAUCUUGUGUCGUGGAACGCCAUGAUUUCACUGUAUGCCCAAAGCGGGCAUUUUGACAGAGCAAAGGAGAUGUUUGAUCUGAUGCCCAAGAGGGAUGUUUUCACCUGGACGGCAAUGCUUGUCGCUACAAUCAGUUCUCAGGGCUUGCGAGAGGCAAAGCUUUUGUUUGAUCGAAUGCCAGAGAGAAGUAUCGUCUCCUCGACUGCGCUUCUUGCCGCUUAUGCCCAGAGAGGGCAUCUCCAAGAAUCCAGAGACCUAUACCGCGCGAUGCCCGAGAAAGACCUCUAUUCCGCCACUGCAAUGCUGGGCGUUCUCGCGCAGCUCAGCCUGAUCGGAGAGGCGCAAGAGAUUUACGAGAGCAUGCCCGAGUGUGAUCUCAUCUCAUCCACAGCAAUGCUGGUUGCGAAUUCCACCCAAUCUGUGGAUUCCGCGAAAGCAAUGCUAGAAUCCCUGCCGGACAAGCUCGAUCCUACCGCCUGGAACGCAAUCAUCUCCGCCCUAGCCCACAGCGCGCACGGGCUGGAAGAAGCCCGGGCGCUGUUCGACUCCAUGCCCCAACGAGAUGGCGCCUCGUGGAGCGCGAUGCUAGAGGCAUAUGCCCGGCAUGGGUAUCUUUCCCUGGCGCGGGAGAUAUUCCAGGGCAUCCCACAGCGCGACGACUUCGCGUGGAACUCGAUGCUGGCGGCAUAUUCCCGGAACGGGUAUCUUGCCGAGGCAUAUGCGGUGUUCGAUUCCAUGCCCCGCCAGGACUUCGUCGCGUGGAGCUCGAUGCUCGCGGCAUAUUCCUUGAAUGGGCAUCCUUUGCAGGCAUUGGACGUUUUCGACGAGAUGAAGGCCAGCGAGUUUCCCGACGAGGUGUGCUUCGUGCUCGUGCUACUUUCGUGUAGCCAUGCCGGGAAAGUCUACGACAGCGGCAGGAACUUCGUGUCGAUGGCUAUGGAUUUCGGGAUCCAGCCGACAAGGCAGCACUACUGCUGCAUGGUCGACUCGCUCGCUCGAUCCGGAUUCGUGCGAGAGGCUCGGGAGCUUGUCGGGAGCAUGCCAUUUGUUCCAGACUCGGUGGAGUGGACGGCGCUGCUGGGGAGUUGCAAGAGCCACGAAGAACACCGGGAUGGAGCUCUGGCGGCCAAGUCGGCGCUUAACUCGGCUCCGGGAGACUCGUCUUCGUAUCUGCUGCUUGCGAGCUUUGUGUGA